AUGGCCAGCACAUUAAGCCCCAGCACCGUGACUGGAACCCUGAGCCCUCCUGAAAUGUCAGAGCGUAUCCGAAAUGCUGCUGACAUCUCUGUCAUUGUCAUCUAUUUCAUGGUGGUGAUGGCUGUUGGACUGUGGGCAAUGCUGAAGACCAACAGGGGCACUGUUGGAGGCUUCUUCUUGGCUGGUCGAGAUAUGACCUGGUGGCCGAUGGGUGCCUCUCUCUUCGCCAGUAACAUUGGCAGUGGCCACUUUGUGGGGCUGGCAGGGACGGGAGCAGCUUCGGGAAUCGCCACUGCAACAUUUGAAUGGAAUGCUUUGCUGCUGUUGCUCGUUCUAGGAUGGUUCUUUGUUCCCAUAUACAUCAAGGCAGGGGUAAUGACUAUGCCAGAAUAUCUGAGGAAGAGGUUUGGUGGGAAACGACUCCAGAUCUACCUCUCUGUCCUCUCCCUCUUCAUCUGUGUGGCUUUGAGAAUCUCGUCAGACAUAUUUUCUGGAGCCAUAUUCAUCAAGCUGGCCUUAGGAUUGGACCUUUACCUGGCGAUCUUCAUCCUCUUGGCUAUCACUGCUAUUUACUCGAUCACAGGGGGCUUGGCCUCAGUUAUUUACACAGACACCCUCCAAACCAUCAUCAUGCUGAUAGGUUCCUUUAUUCUCAUGGGAUAUGCAUUUGCUGAAGUGGGAGGCUAUGAGAGUUUUACAGAGAAGUACAUGAAUGCCAUCCCAUCCAUAGUUGAGGGGGACAACCUGACAAUCAGCCCCAAGUGCUACACUCCUCAGGCUGACUCCUUCCACAUCUUCCGAGAUGCUGUCACCGGAGAUAUUCCAUGGCCAGGAAUGGUAUUUGGAAUGACCAUUGUUGCUGUGUGGUACUGGUGCACAGAUCAGGUUAUUGUGCAGCGCUGCCUGUCAGGCAAGGACAUGUCUCAUGUGAAAGCUGCCUGCAUCAUGUGUGGGUACCUGAAGCUGCUGCCCAUGUUUCUCAUGGUGAUGCCAGGAAUGAUCAGCCGCAUCCUGUACACAGAGAAGGUGGCCUGUGUUGUACCUUCUGAAUGUGUGAAACAUUGUGGCAUUGAGGUCGGCUGUACUAACUAUGCUUACCCAGUGAUGGUGCUGGAACUGAUGCCUGAUGGACUGCGAGGUCUGAUGCUGUCAGUCAUGUUGGCCUCUCUCAUGAGCUCCAUGACCUCUAUCUUCAACAGUGCUAGCACCCUCUUUACCAUGGACCUGUACACCAAGAUUAGAAAACAGGCAUCAGAGAAAGAGCUUCUUAUAACAGGACGGCUAUUUAUCAUUCUAUUAAUUGUCAUCAGCAUUUUGUGGGUCCCCUUAGUGCAGGUAUCUCAAAACGGACAACUAUUCCAUUAUAUAGAAUCAAUUUCUAGCUAUCUUGGGCCUCCAAUUGCGGCUGUCUUCCUGCUUGCCAUCUUCUGUAAAAGAGUCAAUGAACAGGGAGCCUUCUGGGGUCUAGUCGUUGGACUUGUGAUUGGCCUCAUUCGAAUGAUUGCAGAGUUUGCCUAUGGAACAGGAAGUUGCUUAGCUGCCAGUAACUGUCCCAAGAUCAUCUGUGGAGUGCACUAUCUGUACUUUGCCAUCAUCCUCUUUUUUGUUUCCUUACUAGUCAUCCUGGGAAUUUCCCUGUUAACAAAACCCAUUCCUGAUGUACAUCUGUAUCGUCUGUGCUGGGCUCUUCGGAACAGUAAGGAGGAACGAAUUGAUUUAGAUGCAGAAGAGAAAAGACAUGAAGAAGCUGAUAAUGAUGUUGAUGAAGAUAAUGCUGAGGAACCCCGUGGAUGUCUCAGGAAGGCUUAUGACUUAUUCUGCGGUUUGCAGAAGAAAAGCCCAAAGAUGAGCAAAGAGGAGGAAGAAGCCCAGAAAAAGAAGCUGACAGACACAUCUGAGAAGCCUUUAUGGAGAGCUAUAGUGAAUGUCAAUGCCAUUCUUCUCCUUGCAGUGGCUGUCUUUGUCCACGGCUAUUUUGCCUGA